AUGUUGGGAAGUGAGCCUAGUGCUGGAUGGACUGGCAGCUCUCUGGUAUCGACGAGCCAGAUAGCAGAGCCCCCAGAUAUCUCGAUUGCAGCACGUCUGUUUGCGGUAUUUUCAGGAUCUGUCCAUGUGUGGUACCCCAUUAUGGACGACGAGUCUCUCCAAAGUCUACUCUUAUGUUGCAAUACCGAAGAACUAGAUCCAUGUUUGGACCAAAAGCGGGAGUUGUUCUACCUGGUUCUCGCCAUAUCCAGUGUACUGACGAAAAGAGCCGAGCCCCUAGUGACCUCCACGCCGGCUGCCUACUUCAACAGGGCUGUCUCCAAUGCUGACACAAACUGCGACCAUUCCUCUGGACCCAGUACUUUGCACAUGAUGCAGAGAUCUUUGCUCAUAUGUAUAUACUUGCUCUUGAGCCCCGGCAGUGGUGACAUCUGGAGGAACCUUGGCUUUGCUAUCCGCCUCCACUUUGAUAUGUCGCAUGGUCGUUCCGAGAACCUGUACCUUGAUGAAGGUCAUCACACGAUGCUUGCCAGAACUUUAUAUUGCAUCGAGGGGUACGAAUUGACCUUGGCGGCAUGCGACACUGUGAAUGAGGGCAUCUCUAUACAGUUCUACCGUAUUUCGACAAUCAAGAUGCAACUCCAAAGCCUGCUCUCUGCAGCGACCGUGCAGCAUAAUCCGGCGAGGCUGAAAGAGAGAUGUGAGAAUAUUCAAAAAGGAUUGCUCGAGUGGCACCAGUACUGGAAGACAGACUUCGUGCCCGCUAUCCCGAGCGAGGUGCAAGGCUGGGGAGGUGCCGUCCAAUACUUAGACGCAUGGGGCACUUUGCAGUACAAUGCGAGUAUGCUCAUGAUCUCGAGAUUCUUCCCAGAAGCAAUCGAGUCUGUUUUUGACACGGCUCGAGAGGUUGUGUCUUGCAUCGCUAUUCUCGUCAGAUACAGCCAACGUUCGUUUUGUGCUAUCCUUGACAAUGAAGCACAAUACAAGGCGCCAGUCUUCCCGACUGACUGGACAAUGUCCCAUCUAAUAUUCGCUACUGCGCUUCAGCUCCUUUCUUACGAGAAGCAGAUUGUGGCGGACCGUACUGCUUGGCAACGGACAAUGCGAUCUUGCCUUACAACUCUAGCGUUGAUGGAGGCUGACCCAGCCAACUUGUCCAUGGGGUUCUCGGGUAUUAUAGAAGAACUGUGCAACCACCAUGAGGAACAUACAUAA